UUUUCCUUAUCUACGAUUGUUCUGACUGAGUUCUAUGGCCGUAGGUAUGGCAAUUUAGAAUUUGUUGUAAUUUUUUUUAGCGGAUUCUUUAUCUAUUGGCCUGGUUGAUAAUGAAAGAGGGGAAAUGUGAUUCAUAGAAAUGAUGGGUUUUUCGGUUUUUGGUUUAUUUUUCCGCUGUGACAAAUUCAAUAUGGAGACUGUAUUGCUUGCUAGUACCAUUUGCUCUUACGAUAGUCGAUCCCUUUGUUUGGUCAGGUAGUCGGUCCUCGGCGAGGGUUGAAAAAUGAGUCUAGUGGCCUGUGCAUGUGGGAUGCAUGCACUUCGACUUGAAUCAUUUUUCAGUUGGUCGUCAACAUCAGGUUUGCAAUGUCCUCAAACACUACGCUUUACUACUCAGCCGUGGAAGAUAUGUUCAAGGAACUGCUAACAAUAGAGGUGGAACAGUUGGAUACCAAGAAUGUGGAAGAGUCCGACUAUGAGCCGUUGGUCAACACACCGAGGCGUUGUGUUCCAAGACGUCAGCAUAAUCUGUUUGCCAAGGACUCGACAAGUUUUGUGAUUUGUCGCCGCUCACCAAAGAUCGAAUCAUGCUUUGAGCUGGGGACGGGGUCGGAGCUGUCGUCUAGCAGACGUCGCGAACUCCAAGCCAACCAAGUCCUUCGUUUGCGCAUUGAGAGAACCGAAAAGGAGCUGAAACCACAGCGACGGCUAUCCAUACGGAUUUAAGUGUCGUCCAACGAUCUUCUCAUCUGAUCGCAGUGCUUCCGUGUUAGUUUAAAUAUUACUCAUAAGGUUUUCCAACUAUUGUAUUUGCAUAAUUGUGUAGAGUUUGAAGAGGUCGUGCAGAUAAAUAUAUGCUUCAGUUACAGGAUUCUUUAAAAUUAAAUAACAUUU